GGGCACGUCUUAUAGAGAGCUCCGCCCACCGGCUCAGAGAACUUUCACUGUCCGGAGUGAGAAGUCGGUGUGCUGGCCGCCAUGUACUUCAUCCUCCGCAGUCUGAUCCCAACACGGAGAGUCCUGCAACCGGCCGGGACCCCGGGGCUGCGCUACAGCUCAGUGGCUCCUGAUCUAAGGGAGAGGACUCUGAUUGCAGUGAAGCCAGAUGGCGUGCAGCGAAGACUGGUUGGUGAGAUCGUCAAGCGCUUUGAACAUCGCGGGUUCAAACUAGUGGGCAUGAAAAUGUUGCAGGCCUCAGAAGGAAUUCUAGCUGAACAUUACCACGACCUGAGAAGAAAACCUUUCUAUCCAUCUCUUAUACGGUACAUGGGGUCUGGACCUGUGGUAGCAAUGGUAUGGGAAGGGUGCAAUGUUGUGCGCACUUCUCGCUUUAUGGUGGGUGAAACGGAUGCUUCGCUAGCUAAGCCGGGUACUGUGCGUGGAGACUUCAGCGUCCAUAUCAGCAGGAACGUCGUCCACGCCAGCGAUUCUGUAGAAGUAGCGGAGCGGGAAAUCAGCUUGUGGUUUCACGGGUCGGAGCUGAUCGAGUGGGAGACGUCCGAUCACAAUGACUUGUAUCAAGUUUAAUGCUGCUAUGUGGCCUCCUAGCCACACACAGACUCUUGUAAGGAGCCUUUAAACAGCUGCUGACUGGCAUCAUGCCUUCUGAGAGAGGCGCAUUGGUUAAAGGGACAUCCUUUCCAUCCAUGCCAUACUUUAAGGAAGUUGGCAGCUCACCAGCCAUUCUUGUUACUGUUCAAUAAAUAUUCAAUUUUUUUUCCUUCUGA